CUGCAACCUUGGAACUACAUAGUAAGGUACGCAGGACUUCGAGAUACCUACAGCCCCCGAAUCCUCCCGGCAAAACCCUCAGAAACUCGAUCACAAUCGGCGUGUUCACCGAUUGUGUUUUGACCAAUUGCCAAAAAAUUCAAAUUGUUCCAAGGGUUUUUCUAAAACCAAGAACUUGGAUUGAAGAAAGCUGCACGACUCCAUCCCAACGCUCCCGAGCCCGACGAGGUGCACCUUCUAAUUUAAUUCCUACAAAAACCAGGCCUGACCCGACAACCAUCGAUGCAGCCUCCCGAUGAUGCCCAUACCACACAACAUGAUGAUCCCCAGCCUGUACAGCCCCUCCCUCCAGCGGCCUCCGCCAUGACCGCCGCCUCUCCCCGCGUUCCCAAGACCCGGCAGUCGCUCCCAACCAUCGCCCACCACCCGCUCUCCCAGCCCCCUCCCUCCGCCGAUAAUCCUCUUCCAGCACGCCAGCUUCCCCUCCAUAACAACAACAACAACAACAACAAUGGGAACAACGGGAACAACAACAACCGCCGUUCCACCCCUUCCUCCGCAGCCUCGCUCUUCCGCUCCACCCUCUCCCCGCCGACCUCCCGCCCCGCCUCCCCCGCCGGCUCGCUGGCGAGCAGCAGCGCCCGCUCGCCGGUCCGCGCAUCGACCCUCAUGACGGGCUCCGUCUUCGGGAACCCGUUGUCCAGGCAGCAGCAGCAGCAGCAGCAGUCCCUCCUCGACCUCACGGCGGGGACGGGGGCGGGGGCGGGGGCGGGGGCGGACGACGGCAGCCCGACUGACCCGCUCCGCCUCCUCCUGCGCAGCUUCGUGCCGCACAUUGCGAUCCACGCGUCCGAGGACGUGGACGACCUGGUGCGGGACAAGGGGUUCCGGGGCGCCCGCGGGGGCGGGCUGUGGGAGCUGUUGCGGCCGUUUGGGGAGCGGGUGCAGGGGAAGGUCAUGAUUCGGGACAGUAGCGGGGCGGCAAAGGCGUGGGAGGACUUUGCGGUGAGGUUUGUGAGGUUUGGGGAGAGCGUGGAGGAGCCAGAGGGAGCAGUGUCGCUGUCGGCCGGUGGUGCCGGUUCGAACGGGAAGGAGGUUGGAGGGGCGAGCAGGGACGGAAAGGGGAGGGAGGAGGUGAUCGCGCAGGUCGAGGCGGUGGUGGAAAGGCAUUUGCGGUUUGCCGAGGUUGCGUAUGCCGGGAGCGCGGGCGCGCCGUCGCCGCCACUGACGCCCGCCAGAGAGGUGCCGGAUGUGGAGGCCACUUCGCCAUACUACGCCCUGUAUCUGCGCCGGUUGCUGUCCGGGAUGCCGCUGGCGUGCCACGAAUCGUUUGCGCAUCCGGUGGCCUGCGUCAUGGCCAUCAGCUCGCGUAACCCGGCGCCCAUCGAGGCGCUGCAGAAGCUGUACCGGGACACGAGCACCGGGAAGCGCAGCCUGCCGCCGUGGGUCGAUGGGGAGUUCCUGCGAUACUACGUCCUGGUGCACGACGAGGAGAACGGGGAUAUCGCCAAGUCGAUGGCCCUGUUUGAGCAGAUGAAGCGGAAUUUUGGGCUGCACUGCCAUCUUCUGAGGCUCCGCAGCUCCCAGAGCGCCGAGACGGACGACGACAGCAUCCCGCUCCCGAGGAGCGACUGGAUGUCGGCGGCCGAGGAACUCGCGGAUAUCGAAGAGAGCGAGACGCGGGAGGAUUUCGAAGAUCCUACGAGGUACAUAUUCGAGUCCGACGCGACGGCCAUACGGACGUUCGUGCGGGAGAUGGUGACGCAAUCAGUGAUACCCACCAUGGAGAGAAAUGUCUCGAUAUGGAACGACCAAGUGGCAUCACGCCGACGAGGCCUCAGUGGGCGCUUCAUGAGCCUAUCCAAGAGGUUUACGUUCGGCAGCUCGAGCCGCAGCUCCGCUGGGGGCACCUCCAGCUCGUCGAGCAACUAUGACGCGCAGGGAUUUUACCGCGCGGACACCCCCGAGGCGAUCAUGAGGCGAUUGGCCGACUAUGCCUUCAUGCUGCGUGACUGGAAGCUGGCCAUGUCGACGUACGACCUACUGCGCGGCGACUUCCAGAACGACAAGGCGUGGAAGUACCACGCGUCGGCAAACGAGAUGGCCGCCCUGUCGCUUCUGAUCAUGCCGCAGAACAUGUCGUCCAAGACGCGCAUCGAGACCAUCAACCAGAUGCUCGAGCAGGCCUUGUACUCUUACCACAUCCGCUGCAACUCGCUGUACGGCGCGGCGCGGUGCACCUUGCUGGGGCUCGAGCUCCUGCGACUCCGGGGCGGCUCCGGGAUCGACGAGGCCGUCCGGUGGGGCAUCCGUGUGCUCGAGUCCAAGCUCAUGGGACCCAUCGGCGACGCGCUGCUCAAGGAACGCAUGGCAGUUUGCUACGCAUCGAAAAAGGGGGCCGGGUCCCAGGCCUGGGGCAGUCGGCGGCGCAAGUCGGCCUUGUGGAGCGUGCUUAGCGCCGAGGCGUGGGUUGCCCAGGCCAAGUAUGUGCAGGCGCAAAAAUGCCUGCGCCACGCGCGCGCCAUGUAUGCGCUGUUGCCUGGCGAGUGUGGGGUGCAGAAUUUCGGAGUGGCCAGCGACUUCCUGGCAAGUCUGAACGACCAGCUCAAGGCAGGCUUGCAAACGGACAUGACGCACGGAGCGAGGGACGGCAGGGACGGGCAAGGCGCCACGGAGGUGGACGAAGAGAGCGAGACGCUGGGCAGCAAGAGACCAAGGAGGACUAGCUUGAUCAGACCUCCGGGAGGCGGUGCCGGGCUGGAAACGGCACCUCUGCACGACACCGAGCCCGUAAUGCUGGCGACACAGGAAAAGGAUGGGGGGCCCGAUGAUGGGUUCGGCUAACGCAGCACGGAUUGCAAUUAGAAGGAGACAAGGUUCGCAGUUUGCAUGCAGUCGGCGUUGUAUCAUACGGCUGUCGAUGAUUGUAUGGGUCAUUGCUGGCGGUCUGGGACGAGGGCGAUGGUCAUAGAAGGGAAAGAUGAUGCUCGGGUUUGGUCAAAAUACCUCAUACAGUUCCUUCAGUUCCAGCGUAAUGAUCCAGCGUAAUGAUUUUCUUUGAAGACCUCGAACCAAGAAUAAUAUAUCCUUUUGAGCUCUUGAGGCAGGAGCUAGGUUGUUGAGCCAGAGCUCAAAGCCAACCUAUUCGUAG